CACUCAAUGUCAAAGUAGACAGUAUGACAAUGUGAGGUUAUCCCGACGAAAAUACAUUAAAAUAUCUAAAAAAAAUCGGGAUUGAAAUGGCAAAAUACCUAGCCCAACUAAUAUUAGCCGGCAGCCAAGUAGUGGGACGGGCGUUUGCCCGUGCCAUCAAACAAGAGAUCGAGGCCUCGCAACAGGCGGCCCAGAGGUUAGGCAAUGCUAAAACUCGGGGAGAACGUAUCGCCAACCAGAAAGUCGGCCUGUCGCUGGACGAGGCGAAGCAAAUCCUCAACGUCAGCAAGUUGAGCAAAGAGGAAGUAGAGGAGAGCUACAACAGGUUAUUCAAACUCAACGAGAAACCGAGCGGCUCGUUUUAUUUGCAAUCAAAAGUCGUACGGGCCAAAGAGAGGAUCGACAUGGAGCUGAGGGCUGCGGAGCAGCAACAGAAGACGGAAACGGCGAAGGCGGAAGAGAGUAACAAGACGUAGGAUUGGGAGAAUUCGUUGAUAUUAGGGGCUUUAGUAAAUUGUGAUCGUGCUUGUUUUACACUGGCAUGAGCAGUACCUGUUGAUUGUGUACUUGUAUUAUAAUAAAGCAAAGUUAUAUUAUUGUUU